CCCAGAUUGUCUGCUGUCCCCCGUCUUCCUCUCGGCGGCCGAUCUAGGUUUCGCGGUAGAUUUUUGCGUGUUCUGGGUGGACGAUUUGUCGAUUUGCGCCAGGUAGAUGUCUGAUGCAGUAGGCGCUACAUGUCUCUCGAAAGCAAAUAGAUCGUUGCGCCCGAAUCGGUUGUUCGGGAGAUUUAGGCUUAGAAUGACCCGAGGUUAGGCGAUAGGGGAAUUGAAUCUAGGGUUUUGUAAUUUCUGUGCUGGAAGAUUUUUUGCUAAUUGAAUCGUAGGUGUUCCCCAUGAGAUUGCUAGAGCAAAUAAAUCGAUCCUCAAAAUCUGUUGUAAAUAACAUCCUAAUGAAUCUAGGCAUCUAGGGUUCUGCAAAUUCUAUGUUGUUUAUAUUAACUGAUGGGGCAUAGGGGAACUGAUUUUGUUUACAAUUUGUAGAGCAGAUAAAUCGCCCCCCAAUUUUGCUGUUGGGUCGGGAGUAUAAGUUUGGAAUACGAGAUUAACUAACAUGGGAAUUGAAUGUAGGGCUAUGCAAAUUCUAUGUUGAAAUACCUUCGAUAUUAAGGGGAAGUGAAUUUAUGGUCAGCAGUAGAUGCUUAAUCUAGGCAUCUAGGGUUCUGCAAAUUCUAUAUGUUAUAUUAACUAUAAUAGGGCAUAGGGAAAUUGAAUUUGUAUUCAAUUUUCAGCGCAGAUAAAUCACUCUCCAAAUUUUGCUGUUGGGCUGUGAGUUUAAGUUAGGAAUAUGUAGAGAUUAACAAACAUGGGAAUUGAAUGUAGGGCUCUGCAAAUUCUAUUUUGAAAUAUUGUUGAUGUUAGGGGAACUGAAUUUAUGGUCGGCAGUAGAUGCUUGUCAGGGUUAACUAAUAGGGUGUUUUUGUUAUAUUCUUAGCCAUCAUUUAUGCUGCAACAGCUUCUGCUUGCCUACUGCUGCUGUUGAGUGCUCUUUGCUGAAUCUUUUUGUGGGGCUAGAAGUGCUUGUUUGAAGGGAUACCUGGGUGAUUCUUAGGUCAGGUGUAUACCAGUGGCCUUGUUUAGUGGAGCUUGGGGUUUAUGAUUUAGACGCAUGUUUUACUGGAUUACAAGAGGUUUGUGAAAAUGUACGCUGCAGUCUGCUCUAAAUUAUGUGUGCAUCUAUGCCGUUCUGGUUGGUACUUCUUUUUUGUUUGUUUUGGGUUGUUCUCUUCAUUCAAAGAUUAAUAUUCUAAAACGGUGUGCAGAUUAGGUUUUAAAACGGAUCAAAUAGUAAUCUUUGUCUGGCGGAUAUAACAAGGCCUGCAACCCAGGAGUGCCCUCGUGCAACAGCUUCAGCAUCAUCUGAAGUGCUCCCAAAACAAUGGCGGAGCACUUGGCUUCAAUUUUUGGCACGGAGAAGGAUAGGGUCAACUGCCCCUUUUACUUCAAGAUUGGAGCUUGUCGUCAUGGGGACCGUUGCUCCCGUCUGCACAAUAGGCCAACCACAUCGCCAACUAUUGUGCUUGCUAACAUGUACCAGCGGCCUGAUAUGAUUACCCCUGGAGUUGAUGCCCAAGGUGUGGCUAUUGCACCAGAGAAGAUGCAGGAGCACUUUGAGGACUUCUAUGAGGAUAUCUAUGAGGAGCUGAGCAAGUUUGGUGAGGUUGAGACCCUGAACGUGUGCGACAACCUUGCUGACCACAUGAUCGGGAAUGUCUAUGUCCAGUUCAGGGAGGAAGAGCAGGCAGUGGCUGCUCACAAUGCCCUCCAAGGCCGCUUCUACUCUGGUCGCCCAAUCAUUGUGGAGUACUCCCCUGUGACAGACUUCCGGGAGGCGACCUGCAGGCAGUUUGAGGAGAACAGCUGCAACCGUGGUGGCUACUGCAACUUCAUGCACGUGAAGCAGAUUGGUAGGGAGCUCAGGAGGAAGCUAUAUGGCGGGCGUUCCAGGAGGAGCCACGGGAGGAGCCGCAGCCCCAGCCCGCAGCACAGGAGGGACAACCGUGACCGUGGUGGUGACUUCCGCCGUGAUGGCCGGGAUGAAUACCGUGGUGGUGGUGGUGGCGGCGGCGGUUACCGUGGAGGCGAUGGAGGUGAUGGUGGUGGUUACCGUGGUGGAGGUGGUGGUGGUGGCUACCGUGGAGGUGAUGGGGGUGGCUAUCGUGGUGGUGGCGGCGGCGGCGGUUACCGUGGUGGCGGGAGGGGUGGAGGUGGUGGCAGGCAUGACAGGUACGAUGAUGGACCAAGGCGCAGGUAUGGUGGCAGCCCACCACGUCGUGGAAGGAGCCCUCCAGCCAGGGAGAACAGCGAGGAGCGCAGGGCCAAGAUCGAGCAGUGGAACCGUGAGCGGGAGGAGAAGUGAUGAACCGCAAGCAUUAUUUACCUUCUUCAUUCAUGUGUCGUUGGUUUGUUCCUAUGUUGGUUUGCUGUCAAGACAUUAGUGUGUGGGUCGAUAUAGUACUAUUGCUUGGUUGAGUGGCCUGUCAAGUGCUGGAUUCUAUUAGAGGCGUACAAGCUGCUAUUUGUGCUCAGUAUUUAUUGCCGGAUCUGCAAAAGUUUUCCGUGUUUUGCUUU